AGAUGAAGAAGUAUGUCAGUGCGUCAUGACGUCUGUUGUGAGACAGUUUCCCUCCGCGCUGACAAAGCUAGCCGGCCAGCUAGCGAUAAGCUCUCACUGCGGGGCUUUAUGAAGCCUCCGACCUCCAUUUAGUACUCACAUUGUACAAAGGGGCCGGUAAAGAAAGAGAUAUCUUCGUCAAAGUGAGCCUGUGCUGUCCUGCUAGCAGGGCAAGAUGUUCAACAAGUCAUUUGGUACUCCCUUUGGCGGGGGCUCCUCAGGGUUUGGCACCGCAUCAACAUUUGGACAGCAAAACACAGGCUUUGGGACCACAGGGGGGUUCGGUACGACCGCGUUUGGGGCGACCACCAACACCGGAGGGCUCUUUGGCACCACUCAGACUAAACCCGGCGGUCUGUUUGGAACCAGCACCUUCAGCCAGCCGGCGACGUCAUCCACCAGCACCAGCUUUGGGUUCGGCACCCCCAGUGCGACAUCGAGCAAUCUGUUUGGCAACACGGCGGCAGGAAGCGGCGGCGGACUCUUCUCCCAGCAGAACAAUGCAUUUAGCGCCAACAAACCCACCUCCUUUGGAAGCUUUGGAACCAGUACCAGCACUGGCGGGCUCUUUGGGUCAACCAACACCACCUCCAACCCCUUUGGAGGAGCCACGUCCUUGUUUGGAAGUGCAGGCUUCACGGCCACGCAGCAACCUGGAACCACAGUCAAGUUUAACGCCCCAACCGCAAAUGACACCAUGGUGAAAGGGGGCGUGACCACAAACAUCAACACCAAGCAUCAGUGCAUCACCGCGAUGAAGGAGUACGAGAACAAGUCCUUGGAGGAGUUGAGAUUGGAGGACUACCAGGCGGGAAGAAAGGGCCCCACUAACCAAAUGCCUGCUGGGACUGGUGGAAUCUUCGGUGCCGCCGCAGCCACAUCCACUGCCCCCACCGCCCUGUUUGGCUCGGCGGCGCCCAACAACAGCUUCUCAUUUGGACAGAACAAGAGCACCUUUGGUCAAGCUUCAACGGGAGGUUUCAAUGCCACCACAGGGAGUCUGUUUGGCCAACAGAACCAGCAGCAAGCUGCCAGCCUCUUCAAACCCUUCGGCCAGACAACCACCGCACAGAGCAGCGGCUUCACCUUUGGCAACACCAACACCAUGGGCCAACCCAGUACCAGCACCAUGGGUCUGUUUGGCAACACAGCGGCGUCUCAGACUGGCAGUUUGUUCGGAACGGCUCAGACCAGCACCGCGCCCGGCUUUGGGGCCGCCAGCGGACUCUUUGGCCAAAGCAGUGGUGGCUUUGGGAACGUGGGCGCUCAGCAGAGCAUAUUUGGGAAUAAAACCAGCGGCUUUGGCACCACCACCACCAGCGCUACUUCCUUCGGCCCCGGCACCGGACUCUUUGGCAACAAGACUGCGCUAACGCUGGGAAGUGGAACCAACCCCUCAAAUUUUGCAGGCUUCAGCGCAAACCCCGCUGGUGGGAAUCUGUUCGGCAACAAGCCGGCCACUGGAGCACUGGGAACCGGCCUGGGAACAUUUGGAACAGUGGGCGCCGGACAGACGUCGCUGUUUGGGAAUAACCAGAACAAAUUGGGCUCUGCGCUGGGAACCAUGGGCGCAUUUGGGACAACAGGAUUCAACACUGGCACUGGCACGCUGGGCUUUGGAGCGCCUCAACAACCUGUUGCUCUCACCGAUCCCAACGCUGCGGCGGCCCAGCAAGCCUUGCUGCAGCAGCAGUUCAGCGUGCUGGCUUAUUCUCCGUAUGGAGACUCGCCGCUCUUCAGAAACCCUCUGUCUGACCUGAAGAAAAAGGAGGAGCGCAUGAAACCGACAAAUCCAACUGCCCAGAAAGCGCUGACCACACCCACUCAUUACAAGUUGACCCCGCGACCUGCGACAAGGGUCCGUCCCAAAGCGUUGACCUCCUCGGGCACCACCAAGUCGCAGCUGUUUGACGGCCUGGAUGACGACGAGCCCUCGCUCACCAAUGGAGCCUUCAUUCCCAGGAAGAGCAUCAAGAAACUUGUGCUGAAGAAUUUGAACAGCAGUCAAUACAGCAGUCCUGCCAACAAGGAUGCAGACGAUCUGGCCUCGCCAUCUGAGUACCCUCAGAACGGACACAGCAACAUGGGGGACGAAAGUGAGUUGAGGGAUGGUCCGGGUCACAACAGCCGGGGGGAGGAUGACCUCGAGGUCACCCAGUUCUAUGUCAACCCGAUUGCAAAGCCCAUACCGCAAGGACGCACCCAGGCCAGCCUGCAGGACACCAUCUGCGAACUGAACAUGCACAAAGCCGCUCGGAACGGCCUGGAGUUGAGCAGCGAGGAUGUGUCCGUGUCCCUGGGGGAGGAGUCUUUGCAGGAAGAGCGGGGAGACUUACUGCAGGAGUCCAACACGUCUCCUCACCCAGCAGGCAUCGUUCUGAACCGUGUGGGUUACUACACCAUCCCUUCUAUGGACGAACUGGCCGAGAUGGUGGACGACAACGCCGUGUGCGUGGUGGAGAACUUCACUGUUGGCCGUAAAGGCUACGGCUCCAUUUUCUUUGCCGGCGUGGUGAACGUGACCGGACUCAACCUUGACGAGAUUGUCCACUUCAGACGCAAGGAGGUCAUUGUUUACCCCGAUGAUAAAAACAAGCCUCCCGAGGGCGAGGGGCUGAAUCGGCGUGCCGAGGUGACUCUGGAUGGCGUCUGGCCAAACGACAAGACGAGCUGCACGCAAAUUCGAAGCCCUGAUCGUCUGACCGACAUGAACUACGAAGGACGGCUGGAGAAGGCCUCCCGCAAACAAGGAGCUCGCUUCCUGGAGUACAGACCUGAGACUGGGUCCUGGGUGUUUGAGGUCGCCCAUUUUUCAAAGUAUGGCCUGCAGGACUCUGAUGAAGAGGAGGACAUUCCGCUUAAGGCUGAUCCCAAGAAGCUGAAGAUGUCAUUUCCGCCAACCAAACUACCUCCGCUUCCUUCCCCCUCUCAGCAGCAGGCUCAGGCCACAGUCGUGGACGUCUCUGAGCUGGACAGCGACAUGGCCGACAUCACCCAGGGUUUUCCUACUGAGAGCGCUCUAGGAAACGAGGGUGACUGUGACAUGCCGGUGAGCCCGUCGGAGGCGACGCCUGGGAAACACGGGAGUAUGACCUACGCUGAGCCAGAUGGCGUCCCUGCAUCCAGCCACAUAGCAUCCUCACUGGGCAUCAACCCCCACUCGCUCCAGAUCAUGAAGGCAUCCCUUUUUGCUGAGGACGAGGAAGAGGGCGACAUGGUCUACGAUCAGAUGAAGAUUUACUCUGACUUUUCCUCCCCUCGCCUCGUCGUACCGGGAACUCAAAGUCGACCCCCAGCCAGCGGUCUUCUUCAGGCUCGUUUCUCCUCCGGCCUCCUCUCCCAGCUCCCGGAUUCUAGCCGACCUGCUGCCUUGUCUCGGUCUUCUGAACAUCCCCGCUCGUCACACUGGGCGAGGCCUGGUCCCUCCUUCCCUCUGCCCUCCAGACCCGCAGAGCCCCCAGUUAGAACUGUUGGGGUCCGACGGUUAGGAGGGCCUGUUCCCAUUGAAAAGUCCAUCACACAAGGAAAGGGAAGUUUGCUGAUGGACGCUGGGCUGUUUGCGGGUCGGUCCUUUCGAGUGGGCUGGGGUCCGGGCUGGAUGCUGGCGCACUGCGGCCACAGUCUGAGCUCGCCCCCUGGCAAGCAGCUCCACCAGCAAGACCUGAUGGCCAAAAUGGACUUCAGUUUCCUGCCAAAACCAGCAAGAAAUAAACCGCUGACUGAAAGCCCAUACAAGGUGUUUCUGGAGCAGCUGGAGGCUCCAGGAGAGGACAGCCAAGAGGAGAGCCAUGAAGUGCUGCAGCGCCCCCUGGAGAUAUGCCUGAAGCACAGCACCGUCAGCACAGAGGACUCCGCCUGCCCUUUUGUGCGGCCCCAAGCUGGCGUGGCAGCGUUGCACGACUACGCCGAGUGGAUCACCGUGCUCAGCGACCAGCAAGGGGACACAGACCCUCUGCUGGGGUACUGGUCCGAGGUCUGGACCCUGUGCGAGGCCCUCUGGGGCCAGCAACCACUGCCCUUGGAGUCGUUGAGCGAGUAUCAGCAGCAGCUGGAGAGGCGGCGGACCUUCUCGGCCUGGCUGAGCCGUGGCACCGCCCACAGGGUGGAGGAGGAAGUGGCGCUGGCCCAGAAAGGUCGCCACACGGAGGCCGUCUUUAGCUACCUGACUGGAAACCGCAUCAGCGAGGCGUGUCGACUUGCGCAGAAGGAAGGAGACCACCGCUUGGCGCUGCUGCUGGCUCAGGCCGUGGGCUCCCAGUACAGCCGCGACCUGCUGGGCUUGCAGCUGGCCGACUGGAACCGCAUGCAGACUGACAGCUACCUGACCGAAGAGCGACUGCGGAUCUUCUCCCUGCUCGCCGGAAAGCCUGUGUGGCAGACGUCCGACUCUGUGGUCAACGUGUGCUCGCAGUUGGACUGGAAGCGCUGCGUGGCCGUCCACCUCUGGUUCAUGCUGCCUCCCACCGCCUCCGUGGCCAACGCCCUCGCCAAAUAUGAAGCCGCUUUCCAGGGGUCGUGUGAGGGGGGCAAGUAUGCAUGUGCACCCCUGCCCCCUUACCUGGAGGGGGAACAGCCCGACAUGGAGGAGGACGAAGAGGAGGAGGCGGAGCCAAAGCAGCCUCUAUAUGAUGUCUGCUUCCAUCUGCUCAGACUCUACAGUGACAGACACUACGGCCUGCAGCAGCUCCUGGACCCUCUGAGCGUCACCUGGGACCGCCUGGACUUCCGCCUGAGCUGGCACCUGUGGAGCGUCCUGCAGGCGCUGCACUACCGCCACCUGAGCGACGCGCGCCAAGGACUGCUGCACGCCAGCUACGCCGCCCAGCUGGAGAGCGCCGGCCUUUGGCACCUGUCCGUCUUCAUCCUGCUCCACAUCCCCGACCACACGCAGCGAGAGCGGGCGGUGAGGGCCGUGCUGACCCUACACUGCCCCCUGGAGGAAACGGAAGAAUCCCUCAGGAGGGAGCGCUUCCUGACCAGCAGACUACUGAUCCCAGAGCAGUGGAUCCACCAGGCCAAGAGCACCCGCGCUCACUAUGAAGGGGACAAGCACCAGGAGGUGCUGCACCUGUACCGAGCUGGCCACUGGAGCCAGUGUCACCGGCUGCUCAUGCAGCACCUGGCCUCAGACUGCAUCAUCAACGACAACCACGACUACCUGCUGGAGUUCCUGGAGGGCCUGGCGCUCCCCAAGCACAGCACCACCAUUCAGGACUGGGAGAGCGCGGGGAGAGUGUACCUGGACUACAUCCGGGUCACCAAGACUCUGCGGGACAUUCAGCAGAUGGAGAGCGGCGGCGGUUACGAGCUGGAACGCCUGCACACCAAAGUCACGUCUUUGUGCGGCAGAAUCGAGCUUCUGUCCUGCGGCGGCGCCAAAGAGCGCCUGGCCCAGUCAGAGAUGGCCAAGUGCGUGGCCAACAUCCUGCGUGUGGUGCUGCGCCUGCAACAGGGCGACGGCCCCUCGCGGUCCCUCGGCGUGCCGCUGGCCCAGCUGGCGCCGCACAUCACCCGCCUGCCCAUGCCGGAGGACUACGCCCUGGAGGAGCUGCGAGGACUCACCCAGUCGUACCUGCGCCAGCUCAUCGUCGGCCAGUGAACCACGGCGGCGCCCCCUUGUCCGUCGCAGCGUUCCGAGGCUCCUUCCUCUGGCGAAGACGUGCUGCUCUCGGGAGAAGCAAACAGGUCACCACGGCAACAUGUCACAUGACUGUUAGCUCACAGGAGCAUGUGUGAGGAAGGACUAAAAGUGCUCUAUUUUUGUAUUAUUAUUUUUUUCCUUUGGGAGUGUUUGUAGUCACAUAAAGAAGUCUUGUUGUCAGUGUACAGGAAGGAAGUGUCGACUAAUGUUCUGGAAAGAGAUGAAAGUUUUAAAGUCACGAGUAAAAUCACUUUUGUACAGAAGCCCUUAAGUCAGGAAAGGUGAUAUUUUUGUUAUCUUGACGCAGUGCAUGUGAACCUUUUUAAUAAAGUCUAGUGGAAAUAUC